UGAAAUGCAUUCAUAUGCUAAUCUUUAGGCACCAUACCAGGAAAACCACCCAAAACUCCAGUCAUCCACACUACUGAUAGAUAUAUGAUCUAAAAUUUGACAUUUUCUUUCAUAAUUUUUCUAAAAGUUUUCACCAACCAGACUAAUUCAAGCACUCUCUUAACCAACACCAGUUUUGGGCAAAUAUAUCUAUGGUUCAUUAUGUUAUUUAGGGGUAAGAAAUCUAACUGGCAAAUAAAAAGAGGAAAAAAAGGAAGAAAGAAACAUUUCUAUUGGCAGGAAAAGAAGUUGUAAUCCUCAAUAUAUAAACUUUUACUGAGCAGAAAAUGAUAGAUUCCUUACAAUAAAACAUAUAGUGAGAGAUUUGUGUAAUCAGAAUCAUAUUAUUUCAACCUUCCCCUCUCCUUGCUUUCCUUGUCCACCAUGGAAAAGCGGGAGAAAAAUGGCUGGACGUCUGUUCCUCAAUUUGGAGGGUGGGACUCCAAGGCAACAGGAGCAACCGAUUAUUCCAUGGUUUUUUCACAAGCUCGAGCUAAUAGGAAGCAGCAGAAGACAAAUAUCAAACAUACCAGUCUUGGAAAUGAAAGAGAGUUGAUUGCUGCUACAAGUCAACAAGAUGAUUCGGUCAUGGUAAGUUUCCAGUUUACUAGGUUUCUAUUUGCAUAACUUAGUCUCAUUAGGUUUACUCAUGCUGCCUUUGAACAAAGGAAAAGCGUUGCUAGAUAGGAAAAUUCUUGUCUAAGUUAGGUUUAAUAGAUGGACUAAUGAAAUUCAAAAGCUGCAACAUCAAUGGCUUGGUUCACAUAUGAAACUAUGGACCUAGUUUAUACAAGAAAAAUCCUAAAAAAAAAGCUUUCUUGCUCGCUACC